AUCAAUUUAAUAUGAAAGUGUAGUUUUAGCAAAUACCUUGAUUACAAAGGUUUCCCCCCCCCCUUCUCUCACCAAAACGUUGGGGUUUUUGUUUUUUUUUAGCUGAUUUUGAAAAUAAUUAUGGCCACAAUCCAACACUGAGUGUGGUACAUUGAAGUCCCAAGAAAGUCGCUGGGCGUAAGGAUGUAUACCUCUCUUACGGAUUGUGGCCCUUACUUUCUCUCCCUGUUUUAUAAAUGGGAAAAGAAUGUACCACUAAAGGGAAAUUAAUAAGUAAAAUGGAGAAGCAUUUUAUAAUAAUUAAGAAUGGCCAUCACAUUUUAUUUUUGAACAAGCCUCGUGCAUCUAGAUAAUUCGAGUUUAAGACUUAAAAUACAGUUUUGAAAAAGUUAGCUUUCCUUUUAUUUGUGGCCUUUGAUCUCAAACCCUCUAAUAAUGAUGGAGGAACCAAUAGGAAGUUUUAAAGGACUCAGUUCUUUAUUUUUUCCCAAACCAGGUGGCUCUGAUAAUCUCUCAUUUUAGUGUCUGUUAUGUUGGAGCAAGUGAGACUCCUGCCUGCACAAAUAAGGCUUCAAAACCUACCUGUCCAUGAGCCAUUCCAUAUAGCAAAAUACCCCACAAAAAAAGAUGGAGUUUGGAAGGGACAUGAUAGAAGUGGAGAAGUGAAGCUGCAAUCACAAGUAAGUCCCAAGUGAAGUGCAAGUUUGCACAUUACAUAGAUUCUAGUUCAGAUUGCAGGUCAUUCACUACCAAGCUAAUACCCAUGAUAGGAAGUUACAGCUAUUGAGGUAUCUUCAGCCUACAAUAUCCUUGAACCCAACUAAACUGAAUCCAAGCAUGUGUCGGAGUACUGACCCUGCAAAGUGUAAUGUUUGACUCACCUGAGUUGUCCUACCUGCAUAAGGAAACUACAAAUAAAAAUCAACUCUGUUGUUGGGGACUACUGGAUAACUGCUUCUGCCCAUUGGAUCUGACAUGGGAAUUUAAAAAAACCUAAAACAUAUUUUCCCCAACUUCAGUCUUACACUACACUAGCAAUAUACAAGUAUAAUGCUCGUAUCACUUUAAAAAUCCAUUUCUAAAAUAAACCACUGUUGGUUUCACACAUCCCACAUUUUUAUGAGACACAAAUCUGUGCUGAUUUAGAAAAAAAUAUUAUUUAACUGUCUUCAUUAGAUUUUCAUUUUUACAAAUGAUUCUGGGAAAUUUUGGACCCGACCCACCCACUUCCAGAUAUUUAAGAUAAAUUUUGAGGUUAAGAUCCUGUUGCUGAAUGAGGGCCUUGCCAAAAGAUUGUGUACAAACACAAUGCUUACAAACUAUUCCAGAGGCAUUUCUCUUAUUCUUGCAGUACCCAAAUACCCCAAAAUACUUUAGUGGAGGCUUCUAUGAUGCUUGUUUCCAAAAUACUUCAACUUUAUUGACAUUGAAAUUGAAUUGCAGGUGAAUUCCCAGUAAUUCUGAACUAAACCUGGUAGCAAAGUUGAUCAGCCUUCUAAUCAAUUUUGAAGAGAACAAGUUUGUCAAUUUUCUUCUCUCUGUAUUUUGUUGGAAGUAAAAAAACAACAAAAACGCAUGAAAUGGCACCUGAAAGAAAGUUGCACUGACCUCACGGUGGGGCUUCUUUUCAUGCAAGUGUGUUUGAAAUCAUGCAGCAUCACAUCUGAACCGCUCUCAGUGAAGGUAGUAGUAUUGCGGUCAGUCGUACCCUUAUUUUAAAUUAUUUGCAGGGCUAAACUUCAAGGGGGGGUGGAGAAUUGGAGGGCAAUCCCAGCUUUUAAAACAUGGCCGCUCUCCAGUGAAAGUGUUCAACCUAAGCCUAAGCUUAUUCCCCUGUAGACUAGUUACAAGCGUCCACAGAGGACUAACUGUGCCUGCAGGAGACACCGUUUGCCAAGCGAAUGUUAUCCCCCAUGUGGCUUUUAUAUUUAACGGAACACCCUCUGAAGCCCUCCAGGAGCUUGGGCACGAAUCCCAUUCACUCAUGUUGAAACAUUCGCCUGGCAAUGCUGGAAGCCAAUGCUCCAGGAAGAGCUUUGGAGGUUUCAUGCUAUCAAAACCAUUUUACAUUAAAGUGGCCUUUUUUUUUAUUUGUAUACAGAGCAUGUCUCUUCCUGGUGGGGAUGAGAAGGGAGCAAGCGGUCCAUCAUCAUCUGAAUUUCAAACUUGGAAUUUCACUACAUUGGUGCAUUAUAUUGCCUGCCGGUUAAAAAUGAAGCAACGAGAACAAAGUACAAAUUUCCAGAGAAGGGGGGGAAAUCCCUUUUGAAUCUUGACCUGAGUUGUUUGUGGCUUGGUCCUCCUUGCUCAAGGGAACAGCAUGAAAAGAGGAAAACAUCCUUUUCCUUCUGUCUCUUCUCUGCCUUUGAUGUUUUUUCACAAUGCAGUUAAGUGUCAGGAAUCCUAUCAAGGAACCUGCAGCAUGAUACUAAUAGGGGAAAUGUAGAAUUUAUUUCAACAGCUCACACACACAACUGCAUCUUGUCUUUCAAGAGGGUCAAAGAUGUGUUGCUCAUUACCCCACAAGCCUGCUCUUCCCUCAAGGGAACUGCUGCUGUUUGGCUCGGGGGUGGGAAGAAAUCUUUCAAGGCCUUUCCCCUGCUGAUUACAAUGUGACUGACGUAGACACACACACACACACACACACACACACACACACACACACACACACUCUUCUGUGAAAGCCUGUGGAAACACAGGAAUUACACACUUUGAUUCAGAAAAUCAGAGUGCAGGUGGCAUCUGUUGCAAAUUCAUCCCCCCUGACCUCAGGCGGUUUAUUGACACCUUCCAUCAUUCAGAAACCAAGAGCAAGCACUCCCACCUCUUGGCAAAAUCCUCAAAUGUCUUAAGACUUCUGGCAAAAUUAUAACAGAUUUUGGGGGAGAUUUGUUUUUCCAUAACCCGCAUGUCUCUGCAACUGGUCCUAGGAAUUUUGGCUCACUAGGAAAUGAGAAUCACUGGAGGAUUUCCAGGUCAGAGGUCACAUUCUCUAGUGUUUCCUUCAACCACAGCUGUAUUGGUGUGUCUUUUCUUCCAUCACAAGGCACUGGAUUGUGGACAGCUUGAGCCAUUUCCCCACCCCCCAAUUUUACCAGAUGAAAGGAUAGCCAGUUUGAAAUAUGUUAAAAGUUCAUAAGAACCCACAACUGAUUGAAUGUAAGCAUUAGCCAUCCUGUUCAUUUAUAGUCAAGGAUUUAGAGUAGGCGCUACAGAGCAGGGAGGGAGCCAGGCAUUGUACAGCAGGCCAGCCUACUAUUGGUGACUGCUUUAGACCUCAUGGAGCCAGUCAUUUUAUUUAUUUUACUAAAUCUACACCCUGUCUUUCCUCCAAGGAGCUAAAGGUUGGCCUAGAAUGGUUAUCCUCACAACAACCUGCCGGCACCCGCUCCGUCUUGGGAGACAAUGGAAGAGUGAACCUUUGAGAGUGAAGUCAAGCCGUUAGUUACAGUACCUGCUGUGGCUGUGGCAACUGCUGUGGGAGAGACAUGUUUUGUUGCAGCUGCGGCAGAUGAAGAUGUCCAGUUUCACUGUUAGAGAUACACCAUGGCAUGUCUUCUCUCUGCACUCCUCCCAGUGUUAAUUUCUCCUGAGGUUGUGUUUCUACAGCAGUGACCUGACUGAUUGUCUCCAGGUGCUGUGGUCAUCUGCAAGGGAUUCCCACAUUGUGGGGGUGAUGUUGCCAGCCUUUACAUGGUCUGCCGACAGGCCUGGUAUCUGAAGCCAGCUCCCUAUAGAGCACAUCCUUUGGGAUCCUAACAUCUUCCACCACGAAGCCAGCAUAGAAGUUGCUGAGACAGGAGCAUGAACAUACUGGGAAUGUGGACUUGGGAGAGCACAUCCUUCUUUGAGACUGUGUCCUGCCACGGGACACCCAAAAUUCUCCCUGAUGUAGCACAUGUGGAAAGCAUUGAGACGUCGCUCCUGGCAAGUGUAAGUUUCCCACGACUCACAACAACCAUGUGUGGUAGGCUAGAUUGAGAGGGUGGUGGCGAAAGGCUAAAGGACAUCAAGCAAGCUUCAUGGCUGAACAGAAAUUUGAACCUGGUCUCUAACCAGUAUAUCACAUAGCCUCAUUCUCCACCUCAUACCACAGAAGCUUAAACAGUGGCUGUCACUAAGCAUUAACCAUUAGAUGGCUGGUUUCAGGCAACACUAUAAUAAGGAAAUAUGUCAAAGACAAAGUAGAGAAUUCAACACCAGUGUCUAAUCAUGCAAUGGUUUAUGAGAGACAAGGGAGGAGAAAGUCAUAGGGACAAGUUUGUUUUUUUGGGAAUGAACAUGUGGAAGGAGAGACCAUGUGGUCACAAGCAAUUCUCUCAUUUUUAAGAAUAAGCAUAUCCUGCCUUUGUCUUACAAAAAUGCAACAGUGUAAUAAAUCUCAGUAAAAAUAUUACAAAUAUAUUUUUUAAGUGCAACCCCUUGCAUGUUUGCUCAGAAAUAAGACCUUGACUCACUGCCCAGUUUUUUGCUUACAGAAUUUUAAUCCAGCUCUUCAGGCAAAAAUAAGGGGGGGUUCUCAGUGUGUCUUAUGGAUCACUAAAAAGAAAAGAAAACCAAACUGUCCCUGCCACCAGGCUUGCAAUAUAAAAAGACACAACACAAAAAGGAAAUAGAUUGGGAGGGAGGAGGAAAUAAGUCUAAUGAGGUACACGGUCGUAAUUACAAGUUAUUUUAAUGACCAUAUGGGAUGCAAAAGUUCAAAUAGAGCAGGGGCCAAAAUGUGCUGGUCUCACAGCUGUGCCAAUGGAAUUAAAAAUUAAAUGAAAAAAAUAAACUUAAAAAUGAAAGGGGGGGGAAAUGGCGAAACGAAUGACCCUGCAUCAGUUCCAUGCUGGCUAAGGCUGAUGGGAGCUGUAGUACAAAACAUCUGGAGGGCACCAGGUUGACCAAGGCCGCAGUAUAGGAUUGCAGCAUAAGGGUUGCCAGACAGCAGAUGAAAUCUACCAGGAAAUUACUGCUCCACCAAACACUAUGAGAAAGGCCAUGCCUUUGCAGUGCAGCAGAAGUUCAGCAGUGACAUAGCCAAACAGGCCUCUUUCGGCCAGGAUUCCACAACUGGGGCCACAACCAGGUGGUAGUGCAGGGAGAGACAAAAGCACUGCAAGUGCAGAAGAAAAAAGAAAAAACCAGGCAUCAUUGGCCAAGAGCAGCUGUUCUUUCGAGGCAGAGUGGGCAGGGUUCCCUUUUCACAGACAGGACAGCGGUCGCAAGUCCAUCUGUUCUCUAUACAAGUCCAAGCCUCCCUGAGGUUAUGGGACCUGCCAGCACCACACCACAAGAGAAUGGUCAACCUUCAAGUCUCACUUCAUAAUCCCCACUUGCAGAGAGGGGUUAUACUUUUUCCCUUCUGCUGCAGCUACCAGGGACAGCACCCUUCCAAGGGGGCAGGGAGAAAGGACAGCUGGCCUGAUGUGACAGCCUGCGGCCUUGUUGGCAUGGCAUGGGAGUAGACAGAUGUCCAUUAUCUCUGCCACAGCUGGGGGGGAGAGCUUAAUGCCACCCCCCUAGAAGGGACAGAGGGAGGAAUGCGAGGCAUGUUCCCAAUGCGGCGGCUGCAAAUGUGGACAGAGAGCAGUUAGGAAUGGAGGAAACUGCUUUAUACAGAGGCAAGCCAUUGGCCCACCUAGAUUAGUAUCAUUUGCACCAGGGGCAGCUAACCUCUAGCUCUCCAGAUGUUGCCUGAAGAGUUUUAGCAUAUGGCCCUGUGAAUUGUGCAAUGACAGAGCUUGUAAUUUGCUGGCUCUUCCUUAAUGUUAAUUGUCCACUGGCAAUUUGACGACUUGCCCUGGAGUCACAUGAACUGGCCUGUUCCUUAGGCCUUGAGUACCAGUUCUAAAACAGGGUCUUAGCGGCACCUCUGAAUAAAGCUUUUUAAUAAAGUUACUCCUCAUUCUCAUUCUCGGUGUCUGUUGCUGGACUGAGAAAUAUUACAGACUGCAAGGCCCAACAGGAACACGACCACAGCCACAUUACGGUGCUUGGCCACAGAAUUCUGGAUCGUUGUACUCUUUGGCAUAGUAGCGUACCCUUGGGUUGCCAGGUCUCCAGCUCUGACAUGAUGUUUCCAGGUUUGCCUGGGCCACUCCAGAUGGGCGAGAGCUCCUUUAAUUAAAUAAAUAUAUAUUAAGAAGACUGUGCAUGCAGCUUGCAAACUUCAGUCCGGCUUCAAAUUAUAGCAUAUAGGCACUCUGGAGGUGUCUGCCCUCUGUUCCCCCUCUUCCAAUUUACUUCCAUCUCCAGGGCCCACCCUUGUGAUAUCUCUGGGGGCUGCCCUGUAAUAUAACUAGCGGUGUCUCUCCCUGACAUCACUGGGGGCCACCCCUAGGUUUCAGGUUUGGCAAUCUCAGGGUCUGGGAUGCUUCUGACCAGGUGACCUAUACACACACACAGCUUGCAAACCCUGCUUCACUUCCUCUCAUAUAAAGUGUGAUAAUCAGGAAGCAAGAUGGAUGCAGUAAAGCAUCAGGAGAACUGUAGGUGGAGCCAAUGUGACCAAGAGACAGUGCAAACCAUCCCUCCCACCAAGGGUGCGAACUUGAAUAAAAUAUUGGAGGGGGGGCAGGUAAGUCCCGACGUGCAAAACUGAUCACAAGACACACCGUUUGAAUGGCAAUGCCCAUCAACUUGGAGGGAGGGUGGCCCCCUCAUAUAUUUUAUUGGGGCUGAAGGGACCUUUGCCCCUAGGAGUUAGCUCCUAUGUCUCCCACCCACCCUGACUUGGUACCUCUCUCAGCUCAUACAUUUGCUGUUACAGCUCCAGGAAGUUAGGUGUAAGAGCAACUGCAGCAGAUACUUUCAGGCUUAUUACCAGCAGGCCAGGUCUGCCUUGGGGGGCUGUAUAGCUGAAGGAGUGUCUCCAUCCCCAUUGUUCAACCCAGACACUGAGGUCCAGCUCCAAGGGCCUUCUGGCAGGUCCCUCUCUGCGAGAAGCGAAGUUACAGGGAACCAGGCAGAGGGCCUUCUCGGUGGUGGCGCCUGCCCUGUGGAACGCCCUCCCAUCAGAUGUCAAAGAAAUAGACAACUACGGUAUAUAACAUUGAGAAGACAUCUGAAGGCAGCCCUGUUUAGGGAAGUUUUUACUGACUGAUAUUUUAAUGGUUUUUUGUUUGUUUUUUGAAGCAGCCCAGAGUGGCUGGGGAAACCCAGCCAGAUGGGCAGGGUAGAAAUAAAUUAUUAUUAUUAUUAUUAUUAUUAUUAUUAUUAUUAUUAUUAUUGGUUCCUGGCCUGGGAUGCACCCUUCCAGAACCAUCACUUCACUCAACAGUGUUGCUGCUCCAAGCGUGCCAGCUUGUUUGUGUAUAUAUAAUGCUUUUUGUUUGUUUUCAUUUUGGCACAGGCACCACAUGCAGGUGCAGUUUUUGAAGACUGUGAGGAGCGAGACUGGAUCACCAGUAACCAUAAGGAGCAGUGGGAAAGUGGUGCAGGAAGAUGCUCAGGCAGCUUAAUGUGAGGAGCACGCAAGGUGCCUAUUGGGAAAGACAGCUGGAGUCCUGAGGCCAGCUGGUGUAGCACUGUGCAAAAUCCAAGGUUAGUUUCCUUCCUGUUAUCCUUCCUCUAACCUCUCCUUUCUGACACCUGUCAGUCUUUGGUUCAUCCUCCCUUGCAAACUGUGGUUUUCCUUUUAAUACCCCCAACAUAUUCUAAAUGAUAAAAUUAACUUCCCAAAGGAAACUCCAAAAUGUGAAACUUCCCUCUGUAUUCUGUGCCGUAUUUGCGUCCAAUGCUAUUUUCUUACAGUAAGGGUGGGGUGGGGGCGGUUGCUCUGUUUUAAUGCCCCCUCUGGGGUUGUAUGUCAUUGUAUGUAUAUAUCUAAAAUAUCUGUAUGGAUUUGCAAGUUCCUGUUUCCUGGUUUCUAAGUGAAAUUUAUUGUUGUGAACAUCUUAGGAUAGCAACAGGAGAAAGGCUUUUGAAAACACACUACAAGAAAUUAAUCAGUCUUCAGAGGGAUGGAGAUCCCAAUCAUAAAUACAUCAUAUGAAAGGAAGCUGCACUGAUAGCAGCAGAACCUGCUUCUGCAUAAUGUAUUUGGGGUUGGUGUGUUUAAUGCUUAUUUGGCUCAAAGUACACUUUAAAUUAUUCUGGCUCAGUAUGCAAAUUUCUAAGGAAACAGUCUUUUCGUUAUUUCAAAAAAAUCACACACCACUUGAUUGUAAAAAACCUCAAUGCGGUUUACAAAAAGAAUAAAACAGUAAAAUUAUUGGUUAAAACCAUCAAAAACAACCAUUUAAAACAUUUAAAUCAGUGCUAAACUGAAAACAUAUCAAAAUGCAAUGUAUCUGGGUAGGCCUUUCUAACAAAAAAUGUUUUUAGCAGGAGAAAAAAAGAGUACAAUAAAUUGGCAGGAAGUUCCAAAUUGUGGGUGCUGCCAACUAAAAGAUCCAUUUCUUACAGAUGUGGAACAAAUAUUGUGUGGCACCUGUAACAGUGCCAGUUCUGCUGAUCCAAGCAGUCGUGUGGACAUAGAAGGUGAUCUCACAGGUAAACUGUCUGGGGCUUUAUAUACUAUUAGUAACACCUUGACCUAGGCCACGUAGCAAAUUGGAAGCCGGUGAAUUCCUUACAUUUCUUUUGUGCUAAGCAUAGGAAUCAUCUAUGGUUCUUCCAUUUCUGAUAGGCCUCCAGCACUAAGCAAGCGUUCCCAAGUAUCUGAGACUGGGUAGGCUGUGGCCUUUAGAAGCUAAGAGGCUGGGUUUGCUUUUUCAAUAGCCUCCCCUGAGUUCUGUCAUGCUCUUCUUCUAAAGCAAGAUCUCCCAGCAACACACAGCACCACCAUCACUUUGCCUACAGACACAGGUUAGCAAGCAGGGAGCCCAGCUGUUACUGUCUCUCCCACCAAAGCAAUUAUCACACAAGUGCACUCACUGGAGGGGUUAUGGCUCACCACAGGCCUCCCUGAUCCCCCGAGUCUAGCUUGACUCAGCUCUAAGCGCUUCCUUUUCUGCCGCACUGGAUGUCCCCGCAUGAUCCACAGAUGUUCCUACCCCCAUAUUCCAGGACUGCUGUUUGAUAUUUCCUUUUCUCUCUGUGUGUGUUCCAUCCAGUUCUCAACAAUUAGCUAAGAACUAUUUUUUGAUUAGCAACCUUGACGCAGCAUGCUUGAACAGCGAAAGCACAUAAAGGGAGAGAGGUGUCCAGAGUGGCUGCUUCCCAAAAAAAAGUCAUCUCCUUCAGAGGUCUGACAAAGAGUACUUCAGAAGCAACAUAACACCUUCUUGACUAGAAGAAGCACUUAGGGGAUCUGGAUGAGCUGGGAAUUCUUUUAGCAAUUACGUGCAUUUUAAAUUCUGUCUUUUCAAAGCUGAAGAACUGUCUUUUAAAAAGCAGUUAAAUAACUUGAGGCUUCUUUUCCAUAUGAGAGAAAAGAAACACAAAUUGUGUUGCUUGGUGGCAAUUAUGGAGGCGUCAGAAAGGGAGAAAAAUCAUACUCUCAGUUGAGAGAAGGGUCACUAUCUUCCCAACUUCUAUAUAUGAAAAAAGUGGACAUUCUGGGAACAGAAAUCAUUUUUCCAUUAGCACAUGUGAAUACAGAUUUAGCUUCUCUACAAAUACAGGUUUCUUUUGUAUCAGCAGGAUGACAAAGAAGAUUUCUCCUGCAAUCUUGAAGAGACUUUCUUCUGUGUAAACACAUACGGGAUUGUGCUGUCUGUGUAUGACUUCUGAGCUCGAAAGUUUGUAACCAUGUUUGGCUCUGAUAACCCCAGGGUAUUGAUAAUAGGUAUUGGCUCCCUCAACGUAUUAAAUCAUUUGACCCCAAA